CGAAAAUCUAAUUUUUUGAUAGCAUAUUGAAAAUGAUUCAUAGUUAUGAAUUUUUGUUCGAGUUAUUUGGAGUUAUUGGUUGCAUAAACAACAAUUAAAGUGUUUUACGCGUGUCACGCUCUUAUUGGAAUAAAAGAAGAGAUCCGAUACUAGGAAUUAGCUUUUCUGUACCAUGGCUAGUUCUACAUUUGGGUUUCCUUGAAUUAUUUCAGCAACUGGUUGCAUCUUCAGAAUUCAAAUAUUUCUUCUGUGGGUAAGAAGGUGAGGGAGGGAGACAUGGGGAAGCUCAGCUUUGGCAGGGUUUUGGAUUGUCUUUUUCUUCCUUCUGGCUCAACCUCUUGUCUCUGCAUAAGUAACUAUGACAGAGAAGAUGAGUCAGAGAGAAAACCUCUGGUUUCAUCUGAAGGUGGUGGUUUAAUGAGACUGAAAGAUGCCAUUGCUGGACCCCAGACUCUGGCUUUCCAAUUGAAACCUAAGAUGGUGGUGCUGAGGGUAUCCAUGCAUUGCAAUGGUUGUGCAAGAAAAGUUGAAAAACAUAUCUCAAAGAUUGAAGGAGUGACUUCCUACCAAAUAGACCUGGAAACCAAGAUGGUGGUGGUUAUUGGAGACAUUACUCCUUUUGAAGUCUUGGACAGUGUUUCCAAAGUAAAAAAUGCAGAGCUUUGGACUAAUCCCUCCUCAUGAGAAUGCCCUCCUCUUCACUCCUUUUGUAUCCCACAAAUGCUGUAUAGGAAUAGAUCCAUUU